AUAGCUUUCUUAUCCAAUCUUCUGCUGAUGGGUAUUUCGGUUGCUUCCAUUUUUGCAAUUAUUGAUUGACACUGACUGGCUUCUAUCUGCUGUGAAUUUGCCAAAGGAGAAGGGAAUGUUGGGAUAUUUUAGUACUGGUUUAAACCUGAGUUGAAAGCCAAAGGUUGCAAUGGUGCUUUUAUCAUUAUCAUUACUAAUUAUGAGUGUUUUAUAAAACUGCAUUGUGUCCUGCAUCCUCUCGUCCCUUGCACCUCGCUUUUAUAAAUGGAGAAAGGAAAGCACCAUACAAGGGUGCAGUAUUUUGACCAAGAUGAGCAAGCUGGCAAGUGACAGGGUCAGGAUUCCAGCUCAGGCUGUCUCUAGGGCCUUACUCCCUACCGCUAGUCUCUAACGCCUCCCUUGGUGAGCUUCUCACUUACUCAGGGAGGUACCAUUUUGUCCCUAGAAUAGACUCAUUACAAUCUCAACAAGAUUCAGGAAACAGUUCUUGUAAUUAGGUUUCUAAAAUAAGAAAUUAGUCUUGCAGCAGGCAAUCUUGAUUAAUAAGUUUUGUUUUAAAAGCACAAUACCAUGAUAAACCAAAAGAAAGGAAAAUGUGUUUAUUGAGCAAAAUUACUUUGGUAGAACUUUUUGUAAGAUCUUUAGUAAUUCAGAAAGCAUUUCUGCCCAUUUAAACACUUUGUAACCAUAUGAUAGGAGGGGAAAUAUAAACUGAUGAAAUAUAGUUUCAGGCUUUAGUACAUCAUUUGAGAAAAAUACAGCUUGUUUUCUCCCUGACCUUAUAAAGUAAUGAGAAGAUUGCCUGGGAGGGGAGGAAGAAAGGAGAAUUUAUGGUUUGAACAGUAGUUCUGUGCUUUGAGUGGCCUGGCUGUGGAGUUACUAUUACUUGUUUUGCAAGAGAGCCGGCUUUCCUCUCUGAUACCGUUUAGAUCUCACUGAGCAGAGCUGUAGCCCAUACUGCUUACAAGGAUUUUCUUCCAGCUUAGGCUUAAUCUUUCAAAAUUCCUCAAAAUAGGAGUAAAUGUUGAUUUUCAAGGUAGUGUUUUACCGUUUUGAAUUUGUUUGAAAAAUGAUUCAGUCAUUUUCUACCUUAUUCUUAAAUAUUGCUGUGUACAUCGUGUUUCCAGGUAGGUGAGCUCGUGAAACAGUAUGAAGAGGAGAAAAUAGCCUUUUAAGGAAACGGGCCCACAGAGAGGAUGGCCUUCUUGGACAAUCCAGCUAUCAUUCUAGCUCAUAUUCGACAGUCCCAUGUGACCAGUGAUGACACGGGAAUGUGUGAGAUGGUUCUCAUUGACCAUGAUGUUGACCUAGAGAAGAUUCAUCCUCCUUCACUGCCUGCAGACAGUGGGUCAGAGAUUCAGGGGAGCAAUGGUGAGACUCAGGGCUAUGUGUACGCCCAGUCAGUCGAUAUUACCUCAAGUUGGGACUUUGGUAUUAGAAGACGCUCAAACACAGCUCAAAGAUUAGAACGGCUCCGAAAAGAGAGACAAAACCAGAUCAAAUGCAAAAAUGUUCAGUGGAAAGAAAGAAAUUCUAAGCAAUCAGCCCAGGAGUUAAAGUCACUGUUUGAAAAAAAAUCCCUCAAAGAGAAGCCUCCGAAUUCUGGCAAGCAGUCAAUAUUGUCUGUGCGCCUGGAGCAGUGCCCUCUGCAGCUGAAUAACCCUUUUAAUGAGUACUCCAAGUUUGAUGGCAAGGGUCAUGUCGGUACUACAGCCACCAAGAAGAUCGACGUCUACCUCCCCCUGCACUCGAGCCAGGACAGACUGCUGCCAAUGACUGUGGUGACCAUGGCCAGCGCCAGAGUGCAGGACCUGAUUGGGCUCAUCUGCUGGCAGUACACAAGCGAAGGACGGGAGCCGAAGCUCAAUGACAACGUCAGUGCCUACUGCCUGCAUAUUGCCGAGGAUGAUGGAGAGGUAGACACAGACUUUCCCCCGCUGGACUCCAAUGAGCCCAUUCAUAAGUUUGGCUUCAGCACUUUGGCCCUGGUGGAGAAGUAUUCAUCUCCUGGUCUGACAUCCAAGGAAUCACUGUUUGUUCGAAUAAAUGCUGCUCAUGGAUUCUCCCUUAUUCAGGUGGACAACACAAAGGUCACCAUGAAGGAAAUCUUGCUAAAGGCAGUGAAACGAAGAAAAGGAUCUCAGAAGAUUUCAGGCCCUCAGUACCGCCUGGAGAAGCAGAGCGAGCCCAAUGUCGCCGUGGACCUGGAGAGCACUUUGGAGAGCCAGAGCGCCUGGGAGUUCUGCCUGGUCCGCGAGAACAGGAUCUCCGGAGACAAAGUGGAGAUCGACCCCGUUACGAAUCAGAAGGCCAGCACUAAGUUUUGGAUUAAGCAGAAGCCCAUCUCGAUCGAUUCUGACCUGCUCUGUGCCUGUGACCUUGCGGAAGAGAAAAGCCCCAGUCAUGCAAUAUUUAAACUCACAUACCUAAGCAAUCAUGACUACAAGCACCUCUACUUUGAAUCUGACGCUGCUACUGUCAAUGAAAUCGUGCUCAAGGUGAACUACAUCCUGGAAUCGCGAGCAAGCACUGCCCGGGCUGACUAUUUUGCUCAAAAACAAAGAAAACUGAACAGACGUACGAGCUUCAGCUUCCAGAAGGAGAAGAAAUCAGGGCAGGGGCAGCAGUGACCCGGCCUCAAGCUGCUGCUGCUCGAGCCUGCAUGCCGGGGCCAGGUGGCCCGCUGUCCUUGCGGGCACAGGGCUGGGGGCAACGCAGACCACCGAGGACACUGGCCUGGACCAAGCCGUGCGGCCACGGCUCCGACAGGCUCCACCGACAGGCUCCGCCGACAGGCUCCACUGCCCGGCCGCCCUGUCGAGGAUGUAUAUAGCCACACCCGGACAUUUCCGUCAACUUGAUCAAAUUUCUUAAAGCAAAUGAAGAACAAAAAUGUACAUUUUUUUCUUUUAAUAAACAGGCAUACUCCUUAUCCCGGUUGGCGUGACGGGCUGUUCUUUGGGACAGAGGAUUGAUUAUGUUAUUCUCUUGAAAAUCUGUUCCCAUAUUGAACAGGCAGAUUGGAAAAGCUAUGGUUCGAUUUCUCAGAAGAAAUGUUUAGGGCUUAGUCAAUACUUUUAACUAUGUCAUUUGUUUAAAUGAGCGCAUUUGCUAUGAGGAUCGUCAGACUCAAAGUUAGGGAUGGGGCUCUGGCAUGUGUGCCCCUGCUGUGUGCCCAGCCUCUGCCCGCCCAGCCCCCGAUGGCAGCAAGCAACGCUGAGAAAGCUAGGCUCUCGGCUCAUCUCGCCACCUCGCCACCUCGUGCUCCAGGCGCUGCUCACACAGCAGGUGUAAGCGCUUGCCAAGUGGAAGGCCAGCCCAGGCCUGGGAGCCACCUCGCUGACCUCGGGGGCCUCCUUGCCCUCCACAGUGCCUGCCCCCGUCACCGCAGCAGCCUGGACAAGCAAAGCAGCUCUGCUGUCCCACUCCCGCGGAGGGAAGACGAGGGGCCGGGCGCCCCCGACGCCACAUCUCUGGCCACACCAGAUGCCUCUGCCACCCUCGCCGGCCUCGCCAGGGCUCCUCCCCUGGGCCCAUGCUGCCCUCCUGUGCCCUGCCGGGCCCCAAGGACCUGCGUUUCAAAGAUUUUGUAACCUGCCGUCCAAGGGGAGUUGUGUCUGGAACACAUCUUGGAGCCCAGUGUCUCAUGAGCACCGCCCCGAGGUCCUGUCUGACCCUGGUCCUCGUGCAGCCAGCAGGAGCCCCUUUUCUAACGUCUUCCAGUCCUACCUGCCCCAGAAACAAGGGAAAUAUGAUUUGUAGCUUGUUAUCUGUAUUUGAAUUUUUAGCAAUUUUAUAUUUAGAUACCUUUGGAAAAAUGUAAAUGACUAAUUGGGUCAUUAAAUCUCGUGGCAUAUUCAAUAUUAAAAUAAAAAUCAGACGAGAACCCUC